UGCUAUUCUUUAAGCUCCAUCCAAACAUGUUGGUUUGGGUAAAUUAAUGAGAAAGAGGCCAUAAAAAUAAUCAUAAAAGUAUUGAAUCUGGUCAUGUACAGAUGAAUAGAAGCCUCUAUAAGAAUCAAAUCAGUGGUCUACCAAGAUCCAAAUGAGGGUCUUGAGAAUUCAAAAUGGGAAGAGCUCCAUGUUGUUCCAAGGAGGGACUCAACAGAGGGGCUUGGACGGCUCUUGAGGACAAAAUUCUCAGUGAUUAUAUCAAGGUCCAUGGGGAAGGAAAGUGGAGGAACAUUCCCAAGCAGGCUGGUCUUAAAAGAUGUGGGAAGAGUUGCAGGCUUAGAUGGUUGAAUUAUUUGAGACCAGAUAUCAAGAGAGGCAACAUAUCGCUGGAGGAAGAAGAUCUCAUCAUUAGGCUCCACAAGCUCUUAGGCAACAGAUGGGCUCUAAUAGCUGGGAGGCUUCCAGGGCGAACAGACAAUGAAAUCAAGAACUACUGGAACACAACCUUGAGGAAAAAGGUGAAUGGGAAACAACCAAAUCAUGAGUCUAAAGACGAGAAGAAGAAAUCAAGAAUCAAAGAGUCUAUCGAGAAGAACCCGCCACCAUCUACUAUGGUUGAAUCCCAAGUGAUUCGAACAAAGGCUUCACGCUGUAAUAAAGUUUUCAUCUCACAACCCCAAAAACUCCAAAACCUUGACAAUGGAGUUGCAGCAAAAGAAGACUCCAUGAAUUGCAGACCAAAGGCCAUUCCCUCAAACACUUCCGGAGAAGAUGAUUCCUUUAACGGCACCAUGGACUUUGAUGUGGGGGAGUUUUUCAUGUCUGAUAUUUCAGAUUCAGACCUCUGGAAGCUGUUCCAGUUUGAUAACAACAGUAAUACUGUAAAGGAAGAUGGCAACAACAAUGACGGUUUUCCCUUCUCUUCUGCAGACCAGCCUGGUCUAUUCUCUGAGGAAAUGAUCAAAGACUGGAUCAGGGAUGAUGAGUCUUAAUUAAUUUCUUCAAUCUCAAGAGCAUUUAAUUGGCUUGGUGAAGUAAUUUAAAUAAUCAAUAAUGCAUCCAUCAAACAAAGAACUUACUCAAUUUAGCUUGGUUUCUUUGAUUUCUCUUUUCCAAGCAUCUGUCAGUUUGUAAUGGGUUGUUGAGUUUGUUUAUAUUAAGGGGAAAAAAAAAAGGUACAAUGUACAAUAGAUGAUUCUCAAUUUCUCUCACUAUUUGUAAUCUUAUUGUAAGGUCCGCUGGAACUGAGAUAAUAUUCAAGAUUACACUAGCAAUA